AUGAAGACCACGAGUUGGCUUAAGCUUCUCUGCCUCUUCCUUGUAUUUUUUCUUAUAUUCAUAUUUUCUGUAUCAUACUUCAUCUACACAUGCCAUAACGAUUCGCUCAGUCGAAAAGUGCUGAAAUUCAACAAUGAACUCUCUCAAAAACAUCCGGUAGCGCGCUCGGAGGUGCUGUGCAUUAUGAGUCCAAAUAGAGGCGAUCACUACGUGUACUACACAGAAAAGGGCGAGAUGUACGAGAACAUAGUUGACAAGAUAGUGAGCGGCACACACAUACUGAUAGCAGUCGAUCUUGAUGGCUGCACUUUCAACGCUUGUUAUGCCAAGAACGUGUUAGACAAACGUGGAAUGUGCUGGAUAUGCAAUAUAGGCACUCUUCUUGUUGGGGAGAGUGUGAGUGUGGGUUAUAACAAGAUGAUAAGGUUCUUGCGUAGCUUGAAGCUCGCUCCCGAUGUUGCCGUCUUCUUUUUUGUGAAUGACUACGACGUAGUCAUUCGAGUAGUUACGGACGGAAAGGAGGUUAAGAGGUGCGUAGUUAAGAUAGGAACAUAUAUGGGGAGUAGAAUGGCGUUAAGAACGUGUUUGUACCUGUUUCAUCGGUGCAUUCAAAUGGAUAGAGAACCUUAUGAGCUGUAA